AUAUUACAGAUUUAUAGAAAGAGACCUCCUGAAAAAGUUCAAAUAUAUUACUGGAACGCGAAACCUUAAAUUACAGUGAAUAAAUGAAGACUCGGCACAGCACUUCUUAAAGGUUGCUGACCCCUGCGCUAGGCUAUGGCCUGUUUUGAAAUGAGACUGUCUCAGCUUCUCCUGUUGAAGCUGCUCCACUUUGUACGAACAAUUAAAUAGUCACUGGAGCAGGGACUUGAACUCUUCCAGACAUCAGGUGAAUGCCCCAAGUACCAUGCUGGAGAAUCAGUCUCACUUGUAUUCAUUAGCCCAAUGAUUCUACACUGUCACUUGCAGCAGUCAUUGCUGUUGGCAAUGGAGAGUCACUGGGACAGAGGCUGAGAUACAGUCUGAUGCAGUCAUUAAAGGAGGGGACUGGGAGUCAUGACACAUCACUUUUGUUCCCAGCUCUGGGAGGGAGUUGAGUCCAGUGGGUAGAGCCAGAACUCCUGGCCUGUAUUUUCAGCUCUGGGAGAGGUGUUGGAUUUACUGGGUUAGUGCAGGGGGCGAACUGGGAGUCAGGACUCCUGUGUACUCUUCCAAGCUCUGGGAGAGAGUUUAGUUGAGUGGUUAGAGAUGCAGGAGGGAAGCCAGAAAAUCUGUCUCUCACAGUGAGCUUGGAAAUCUGGCUAGAAUGGCGGCCGGGGCAUCAAAGCUCCUGGGCUGUAUUCCUAACUCGAGUUUACCAUAUAAUUAUGACUGGGUUGAGUCACCUACAUGUGAGAUGCAGCUCCAGUUUAGAGCAGUAUAAUGUGGAAGUAAUUCCAUGGCAUGCAGUGAAACUACCCCACAUUUGCAGCAGUUCCCCUGACAGCAGAAUAUGGCCAGCCAGACCCCCAAUUCCCCUCGAUAAACUGAGGAUAGUAACAUUUAUACACUGUUAUCCAGAGUUCGCCUACCUCUGGGUAACAGAAGUAUACAAAAACCUCAAAAGCAAUUGUUUCUAUUUCUCCUCUUCAUCACCCUGCUGUAAAUCAGGAGUAACUGCACUGGAGUCCAUUGAGCUGAUUCUAUUUUUCUCACCCCAGUGUAAAUCAGGAGUAACUCCACUGGAGUCACUGGGGCUGUUUUCUCCAUCCUCAUUCCCAUAUUACACCAAUCUUCACAAGCUAAGGGUCUGACUCAAGGAAAUUAAGGUGGUUUUCACAAAAAGAGAGUUAUUUUUACUGAUCUAAUGUUUUCCCUUGUUCUCUUCUCUCCCUCCGCAGACAUGAAACAAUGUCCUGAGAGAGAAAAUGUCCAACCAAACCACCUUGACCGAGUUCCUUCUCCUGGGAUUCUCUGAAGUUCGGGAGUUUCAGAUUUUGCACUUUGUGGUGUUUCUAGUGAUUUACCUGGCAGCCCUGGUGGGGAAUAUUCUUAUCUUCACUGUUAUAGUCUUCGACCACAACCUUCACACCCCCAUGUACUUCUUCCUGAUGAAUCUGUCCAUCCUAGACCUUGGCUCCAUCUCUGUCAUUGUCCCCAAAUCCAUGGCCAACUCCCUAAUGAACACCAAGUCCAUUUCCUAUGCUGGAUGUAUUGCUCAAGUCUUAUUCCUCGUCUCCUUGGUGGGAGCGGAUUUUUCCCUUCUUACCACCAUGGCAUAUGACCGAUAUGUCGCCAUCUGCCAACCACUGCACUAUGAGACAAUGAUGAACAGCAGAGCUUGUGUCCAAAUGGUAGCUGGUGCCUGGAUUGGUGGAAUUCUCAACUCUGUAUUACACACUGGGAACACGUUUGCAUUGACCUUCUGUGGAGGCAACAUGGUGGAUCAGUUCUUCUGUGAGAUCCCCCAGCUACUCAAGCUCGCCUGCUCUGACUCAUAUCUUAGCGAAGUUGGGGUUCUUGUCUUUAGUUCGUGUUUAGUCUUAGGCUGUUUUAUUUUUAUCACUGUGUCGUAUGUUCAGAUCUUCAAAUCAGUGUUGAGAAUCCCCUCUGAACAGGGUCGAAAUAAGGCCCUAUCCACCUGCCUUCCUCACCUCACUGUGGUCUCUUUGUUUGUUUGCACUACAAUUUUUGCCUACCUGAAACCCACCUCCAGCUCCCCAUCUGCUCUCGAUCUUGUGAUGGCUGUUCUCUAUUCUGUAUUGCCACCUAUCAUGAAUCCAAUUAUCUAUAGCAUGAGAAACAAGGAGAUGAAAGCUGCCCUGAGGAGACUGACUGGGUGUAGGUAAUUCACCAAGAAUUCAUUUCUGACUUUAUCUAAUAAAAGCUUGCUUACUUAGUAUCUGCUCAUUAAUGUCAGUGAUUUCCAUAACCAGAUACCUUGCACACAACCGGGUCUGAUUCUGAUGUCAGUUGCACCAAAGCAAAUCCAGAUUAACUCCCUUGAUGUCAAUGCUGCUGGGGUGAUUUACACAAGUAGAAAAUCUGGUCCAGAUGUGGAGUUAAAUGGGUGUAAAUUGUGUGUGCAAAA